CGUAUCUUUUACAUUGACUACACGAACAUUAUCUACCAAAUUCAUUUGAAAAAGAAAAUUACAAGUGUUAUGAGGCUUCAACCAGGCUUACAACUUUCCAGUAUUGCAUUUGACUCAAAACAUGGGUAUCUAUUCUUGGCAGAAAGUACAGAACGUUUCUUAUGGUUAUGGAACAAGACUGCAAAUAAACAUCAUAUUUUUUCAGUUUCACUUCAGUCAAUAGCACAUGAUCUAACGCUUGACAUGGCUAAAGAGAAAAUUUAUUGGCGAGUUUCAAACGGAAAUGUUUUUUCUUGUGAUUACUACUCCCAUAAUGUAAUUGAUUUUGGAACUUCAGGAGGUCCCAUGGCUGUAUUUGGGGAUUUCAUUUAUAUCAUGACUAGUGUUGGACAAAGUGUCGUUAGUGUCCAUAACACGACAGAUCAACGUACGAGACGUAAAUUUUUUCUUCCUGUAAACAACAGUUAUCUUGACUUGGCUGUAGCUAUACACAGUAUCACUCCUGACUCAAACGCGACAAACACUUUUCGCUUUCCUUUUUGUGGACCCAACACAUACUAUCGUAAAAUUAAUGGAACAUUGAACUGCACGUGUAUGGAAGGAUACUCAGGAGAAUGUAACUCGUGCCAAGGUAUGGAUUUAUUACUGUCUUUAUCAAGAUCUUUUUAUCACGGAUCAUGAAUAAAGAGCAUCUCUGUGCAGUUUUAAAACUUUGUUCUCUGUCGAGAACUCUGAAGAGUUUUCUGUGCAUUUG